AUGCACCUCCAACAAAUCGUCUGUUCCGGCACCCCAUACGCGAUCGGGUACACACAUGGCCAAGGUUCAAAAGAAGAAAUCGCCCGCGGAAUUACUUUUUACGCAGGGUUAUUUGUGCAGAAAAGUGGACUAGACUGGCCACAGGUACAAGCACAGGCCAGCGAAUUCGCCCAACUCAUACAAGCAAAAUGGCCGCGCUAUUAUGAGGAACUGAAAGGUGUUGCCGAAGGAGCUGGUCGCGAUAUCCUCGAUAUCAUUGCGCUGAAUGUGCGCUCCGAGAUCGUCUUUGGACGGUUUAGCGAUGGCUGUACUAGUCUGUACUGCCGAGGGGCUGGAUAUUCAUAUAUCGGUCAAAACUGGGAUUGGAUGGAGGAUCAGAUAUCGAAUCUUGUCCAGCUCACAAUUAUCCAAGAGGGACUACCCUCGAUCCAUAUGGUCACAGAGGCAGGCAUUAUUGGAAAGAUAGGAUUCAACUCGGUAGGAGUCGGUGUUUGCUUCAACGCAAUCCGGGCCAGGGGCCUUAAUAGAAACGGUCUUCCCUCACAUCUAGGGCUGCGACUUGCCCUGGAAAGCAGCUCUGCGGAAGCAGCAGCAAAUUCGCUCGAGAAAGCCGGUAUGGCCAGCUCAGCGUAUAUUCUUGUUGGCGAUGCCACAACGGCCAUUGGUCUGGAGUUUACCUCUACAACGUUUGCCAGACUGCCCUUGAAUGAGCAUGGCUUUAUUGCCCAUUCCAACCAUCUGAUCCUCCAUCAUCCGAAUGUUGACGAGCCUAAAUGGCUGGAGGACUCCCCGCUUCGAACGGAGACGAUGGGAAAGAAUGUUCUCCAGACGAAAGAGAUGUCGUGGGCAGCAUUUGGUGGCCUGUUUGAAGAUGAGACGAAUUACCCGUGCUCGAUAAGUCGGGUUCAAGAGGGCGCAAGUGAUUUCGCGACCUUGUUCAACAUCACGAUGGACCUUGACAGGAAGACUGCGGUUGUGAGAGAGGGAAGACCGAUUGCAGGCGAUACCAAGGCUGUCAAAUUGAACCUGUCAUUUUAG